AUGGACUCGGACGCCAGCCUGGUCUCCAGCCGCCCGUCCUCCCCGGAGCCCGAUGACCUCUUCCUCACGGCCAGGAAUAAAGGCAGCGGCGGGGGCUUCACGGGCGGCACCGUGUCCAGCUCCACGCAGAGCGACUCCCCGCCGGAGCUGAGCGCCGAGCUGCGCAGCGCCAUGAGCGCUGCGGGGGUGGUGGUGGUGGACAAGCUGGGCUUCAAGUCCUCGUCGUCCUCUUCCUCCUCGUCCUCCUCCUCCUCCUCCAAGAAGGACAAGAAGCAGAUGACGGAGCCGGAGCUGCAGCAGCUGCGGCUGAAGAUCAACAGCCGGGAGCGCAAGCGGAUGCACGACCUGAACAUCGCCAUGGACGGGCUGCGGGAGGUGAUGCCCUACGCCCACGGCCCGUCGGUGCGCAAGCUCUCCAAGAUCGCCACGCUCCUCCUGGCGCGCAACUACAUCCUCAUGCUCACCAACUCCCUGGAGGAGAUGAAGCGCCUGGUCAGCGAGAUCUACGGCGGGCACCACGCCGGCUUCCACCCCGCCGCCUGCCCGGGCGGCAUGGGGGCCCACUCCGCCCCGCUGCCCGGCCACCCGGGCCACCCCGCCUCGCACCCCGUCCACCACCCCAUCCUGCCCCCCGCCGCCGUCUCCAGCGCCUCCCUGCCCGGCUCCGGCCUCUCGGCCGUCAGCUCCAUCCGGCCCCCCCACGGGCUCCUCAAGUCGCCCUCGGCCGCCGCCGCCGCCCCGCUGGGCAGCGGCUUCCAGCACUGGGGGGGGAUGCCCUGCCCCUGCAGCAUGUGCCAGGUGUCGGCCCCGCCGCACCACCACGUCUCCGGCAUGGGCACCGCCAGCCUCCCUAGGUUGGCCACCGACACCAAAUGA